AUGUCAGCUGAACCACAGUCAUUUAAAUACGAUUGUGAAUGUGGAUUAUUUGAAGAACAUGCUACGUUAAUUAAAACAGUUGGUAUUCCUUAUUUAGUUGUUCUUAUUAAUAAAAUGGAUGAUCCAACUGUUAAUUGGAAUCAAACAAUAUAUGAAGACAUUAAAGAUAAAGUUUCAUCUGUUUUUAAAAACUGUGGAUUUAAACCUGGUGAAGAUACAGUAUUUAUACCUUGUAGUGGAAUGAGUGGAGCUUUUAUUAAAGAACAUCCUGAAGAACAACUUGUACCUUGGUAUAAAGGACCAACAUUUAUCGAAUAUUUGGAUAGUUUACCAUCAUUUAAUCGAAUAAGUAUUGAUGGUCCUCUUCGAAUACCAAUUGUUUAUUGUUAUAAAGAAAUAAAUGUAAUUGACACAGGUGUAAUUGUAUUUGUAACUAAUGUAUUUGUAAUGGGAAAAAUCGAAUCUGGAUGUUGUCGAGUAGGUGAUAAAUGUAUAAUAAUGCCAAAUCGAACUCAAGUUGAAAUAACAAAUAUUUAUUAUAAAGGUAUUGAAAGAGAUUCAUGUGUUUGUGGAGAAAAUGUUCGAUUAAAAUUGAAGAAUGUUGAAGAAGAAGAAAUUUCACCUGGAUUCAUGAUUUGUGAUGUUGAACAAGAACCAUGUAGUGUUGGAAGAGUAUUUGAUGCACAAAUAAUGUUAACUAAUUAUUAUUCUAUAAUCUGUUCUGGUUUUUGUGCUCUUAUUGAUAUUAAUGGAGUUAUUUUUGACGUUCAAUUGAAAAAACUAAUUUUAAUACGUGAUCAAUAUACAAAUAAAAUAAUUCAAGAACGUCCACGUUUUAUUAAACAAGGUCAAGUUGCAAUUGCAAGAUUUGAAUUAACUCAAUCAGAUCAAACAAUAUGUAUGGAACCAUUUAAACGUUUUCCUCAACUUGCUCACUUCAUGUUACGUGAUUGUGGUCGAGUCGUUGUCUUUGGCAAAGUUCUUAAAAUAAUCGAGUAA